AUGGACUCAGUGGAGCUGCGAAGGGUCUCAGAUGUCGUGUGUACAGCUCCCUCCCAGAGAGCCAGGCCAGGUCCAGUUGACACGGAGCUGGUUUCGCUGUGGAAUCCUGGGGGCUGGAACAGCCCCACACCGUGGAGACCUUGGAUCCUGACACCCCGAGAUGCUGGGCAGACCAGAACUAGAAGCCGGCUUGAGCCUGGGGGUGACCGACAAACUUCUGGAUCAAAGGGGGCCUUUGGGUUUCAGCAUCCUGUAAGACUUUACUUGCCCAUUUCAAAGCGCCAGGAGUACCUGCAGAGUUCUGGGGAGAGGGUGCUGGCCAGCUUCCCGGUGCAAGCCACCAUCCACUUCUACAACGAUGAAUCCGACUCAGAGGAUGGAGGGCCCGAGGAGGAAGCCCGGCUCCUUCCCCGGGAGGCCGAAGGCCCGGGAACCGGCCCCGGCCCCCGCGGCGGAGACCCGCAGGCACGCUGGGCACCGGCAUCUGCAGGGCACGGGCGCCCCAGCGGGCAGGGCCGGCUCCCGCUCGGGGACUGUCCGGGGGGCGCCUGGUGCUCCUCAUCCAAAUAA